UAGGGCGGGACAUGUCUUCGGGGAAAAAUACUCCGCUUACGGGGCUGUUUGGAUUUUGUUGUGGCUGUUAGUCUAGUAGCUUCAAGAAUGGAUAACAUUUUGGAGGUGGAUAACCUAGAAAUGCGUCUUCGGGAGCUGGAGAGUCGUAUAUACGGGGAGAGAAGAAACAAAAGUGUAAAACCCGUCAAGUGCGCUGAGUCUUUGGCCAGGAUUCAGGCUGGUCUGACCAAUACGGCCAACAAGAGAGAACGAGUGAAGAUCCUGCACAAGAAGAUUGAGGACCUGCUGAAGUACCUGGACCCCCAGUUCACAGACCACAUCUCUGUACCUGACGCCAUGAAGCUGGAGUUCAUUCUUGCUGAGGAGGACUUCCUGCUUUCCCAGGCUGCUUUGCUGGAGCAGGUCAGCAACACGCAGCCGCUGCUGGACAGCACGUACAUCCGAGAUGUACCGGAACACGCCACCAAGCUGCAGCGCCUGUCACAGAUUCACAUCAAAGAGCAGGACCAAACUGAGGCUCAGUCCUUGGAAGUGAAGAAGCUUUUUGAGGAAUACAACAAAAUGAUGUUCCUGCUGUCCAAGCAGUUCACCCAAUGGGAUGAGACCCUGAGGAAGCUGGAGGAGGCCAAGGGCAUUCGGCCCGUGGAGUAGCUCCUGUCAACAUACGGAUGAGGAUGGUGGUGAUGAAGAAGAAGAAGAAGACUGUGGUGGGAGCUUUAGAUGAGACGCGUGUUCCAUGUGUUGCUUGUUCUUCCACAAUAAGUCCGAACAAAAGUGAGACAAAAGGAUCGCAACAUCUCACUCGCAUGUUUAACUGCUUAUCAGUUUUGCCAACAUUGAGUUGAAUCAGGUGAUGUAACAUCGAUUAGAACUUCUAGGCCGAUUCCGAUUUCCUUUGAGUUUGACUUGCCGAUACCGAUUUUAGCCGAUUCCGAUUUCAUUUUUUCCACUUUACAGCACACCCAAAUAUUUAUUUUCUA